UCUGUGUAACCCUGGUGUGCAACGAUAUAAAUUACGCAUUUGUUUCUGAAAUGCAUUCAUGACAUUACCUCCAUGUAGUCCCACCUCCCCCUCGCAUUGAGCUGCUGGGCAUUAUUCUGAAUGUUUAAUGCAUUUGACGCGGCUGCGACGUGAUCCAGUGAGAAAGCUCGGCGAUUUCUUCAUGAAUUAUAGAUCAGCCGGUAAAAAUGCGGGCUCCUUUUAACCACCACACACAGAAGGGUUAGGCGGUCUCCUGAACUGCAUAGCUCCAUACUCCGCCCGGAUACUCGGACAAGCGAAUUAAAUGAAGUGUAGUCAGCGGCUUGGCUAACGUUUGUGCUUCAUUCCUCGCCUCCUCCGUCGUCAUAACAGCCCAUUGCUUUUUGAGUGCAAGAGAUGAAGCGGGAAUAUGUCAAGGAUGGGGUCACGUUUGUCCUUCUUUUGUUCAAUGCGGUUAUUUUUGCAACGUCGGCGAUCCAUCCGAAGCUUUACACCAACCACUUCUUGGUUGAGUUGCACCGAGGCGGAGACGAUAUAGCCCGGCGAGUUGCUGCAGAUACUGGCUUUACUGCUGUUAGAAAGCUUCCAUUUGCUGAAGGACUCUAUCACUUCACUCAUAGUGGCAUCCCAACCGCCAGAAAAAGACGUAGUGUUCGCCACAAGUACUAUCUGGAAAGAGACACAAGGGUAAAACAUGCCAUUCAGCAAGAAGCUUUUAACAGAAAGAAGAGAGGAUAUCGAAGCAUUCACGAAAUUGGUAUCACGAUGAACGAUCCUUUGUUUACAAAACAAUGGUAUCUUGUCAACACUGGCCAAAUAGAUGGAACUCCUGGGUUAGACCUUAAUGUGGCUGAGGCUUGGGAAAUGGGCUAUACUGGGAAAGGAGUAACCAUAGCAAUCAUGGAUGAUGGGAUUGACUACUUGCACCCAGACCUUGCAGACAACUAUAAUGCAGAAGCCAGCUAUGACUUCAGCAGCAAUGAUCCCUAUCCAUACCCUCGCUAUACAAAGGACUGGUUUAACAGCCAUGGAACAAGAUGUGCUGGUGAAGUAUCUGCUGCUGCCAAUAACAACAUAUGUGGUGUCGGGGUGGCUUACUCCUCAAGAGUGGCAGGCAUUCGUAUGCUGGACCAACCAUUCAUGACGGACAUUAUAGAAGCUUCUUCUAUCAGUCACAUGCCUCAAGUUAUCGACAUCUAUAGUGCUAGUUGGGGACCAACUGAUGAUGGCAAAACUGUAGAUGGACCUCGUGAACUGACCUUGCAAGCUAUGGCUGAUGGUGUUAAUAAGGGUCGGAAUGGAAAGGGAAGCAUUUAUGUCUGGGCUUCGGGCGAUGGAGGCAGCUAUGAUGACUGCAAUUGUGAUGGCUAUGCAUCAAGCAUGUGGACCAUCUCCAUCAACUCUGCUAUCAAUGACGGGAGGACAGCCCUUUAUGACGAAAGCUGCUCCUCAACCCUUGCGUCCACAUUCAGCAACGGGAGGAAGAGAAACCCGGAAGCUGGUGUGGCAACAACUGAUUUGUAUGGGAACUGCACUCUCCGCCAUUCUGGAACUUCUGCCGCAGCACCAGAAGCCGCUGCCGUCUUUGCUUUGGCUUUGGAAGCCAAUCCAAAUCUAACAUGGCGAGACAUGCAACACCUGACUGUGCUGACAUCUAAGCGCAAUCAGCUGCAUGACGAUGUCCACAAAUGGAGAAGAAACGGUGUGGGGCUGGAGUUUAAUCACCUCUUUGGCUAUGGCGUACUUGACGCUGGAGCUAUGGUAAAAAUGGCCAAAGACUGGAAGACAGUUCCUGAAAGGUUCCAUUGUAUUGGAGGAUCGAUUCAAGAGCCACAGACAAUCUCAUCAGAAGACAAGCUGAUCCUUACAAUAUCAGCUGACGCGUGUGAAGGGAGGAGUAAUUUUGUCCGCUAUCUCGAACAUGUUCAGGCUGUGAUAACCGUAAAUGCCACCAGGCGAGGAGCCCUGAAUAUCAACAUGACUUCACCAAUGGGCACAAAAUCCAUUCUGCUCAGUCGAAGGCCUAGGGAUGAUGACUCCAAGGUGGGCUUUGAUAAAUGGCCUUUCAUGACAACGCACACUUGGGGAGAAGACCCCAGAGGAACUUGGAUCAUAGAAGUUGGCUUUGUUGGAGACACCAUACAGAAAGGUGUGCUCAAGGAAUGGACCCUGAUGUUACAUGGGACUCAAAGUGCUCCUUACAUAGACCAAAUAGUGAAUGAUUACCAAUCCAAACUGGCUAUGUCUAAGAAGGAGGAGCUGGAGGAAGAACUAGAUGAAGCAGUGGAGAGAAGCUUGAAGAAUCUGCUGAAGGAAAACUACCCUCAGUAAACACUGCAUGUCAGUCUUACAUCCCCAAAUCGUACAUCCCAGCAGCUUUGUGAUUUAAAACUACUGAAGUUAAUGUUUCCUGUAGCAAAGUAAUCACACCUUGUCGCAGUCUUAAACUCAUCUGUUGCAUAUUGUCAGUAAAUAAUUAAAUUUAAAUGACAAUUUUUUUACACGGAUACUGUUAAUUCCGCAAAUUUUAUGUACAGUUUGUGACACUGUAAAAGAAUCUUGGUGUGUGAAAUUUAAAAGUGAAAUCUUGCAAGCAAAGCAGUGACAGUUUUUCUUUAUAUUUUUGUGGUAAAUGUUUAUAUAAAAAAAGUGUGUUUCCAAUUUACAGGCAAUGGUUUGAGCAUAUUUCUUCUAGCUUAUCCAAGUUAAAACCAUACCUUUCUUGGCUGGAAAAGCACUUU